CUUAACUCGGAGCUGGCUAAUUGUAAGUUCGAAAUGUUCACCUGAAUAAACUUUUUAAAAUGAUUCCAUUCCGUUUCUUUAGUUUCAGUUCACUUAUUCGGGUCUGAAACAUACAGAUUUAAAAUUCAUACAAAUUUUGCCCGUCGUUCAGUUUAAUGCGGUUAAAUACUGGAAGGUUCUCCAUACCCUACUUAGAAGCGACUCGUAAGAGCACCGAGUCAUCUUGUGUGUCAUCUUCGUAAAUAUGAUUUUAGGAUUAUUUAAAUAAGACUCUAGGAUAAUGUGCACCUCUCUGUAAACAUUGACAUAUAAUUGAAAGAAUUUUUACCAUCAAGAUUUCAAGAUGAUGGAAAGUGAUGAUUCUGUUCGACCAAGACCUUCAGUGUUUGCUUGUACAACACAUAGAAUUUCACAAGUUUAUCAGCACAUAUUAGAUGUAUGGACGCCUUAUACUAUUUCCCGCUGGGUAGGCUCAUUUGUUUUGCUUGUCAGCUUUUUGGCCAGAGUUUUCCUUUUACAGGGUUGGUACAUUAUUACAUACGCUUUAGGAAUUUAUCAACUUAAUCUCUUCCUUGCUUUCUUAUCACCUAAAAUUGACCCAGCCAUGGCAGAUGAGGACUGCCAAGAUGAUGGACCUAGCUUACCUACCAAAAACAAUGAAGAGUUCAAACCUUUUAUGAGACGUCUCCCAGAGUUCAAAUUCUGGUAUUCUACUACAAAAGCAACUUUAGUGGCACUUCUCUGCACAUUUUUUCAAAUGUUCAAUAUUCCAGUGUUUUGGCCUAUUCUUUUAUUGUACUUCCUAACAUUAUUUGGAAUAACAAUGAAACGUCAAAUCAAACAUAUGAUCAAAUAUCGAUAUCUUCCUUGGACACGGGGAAAGACCAAAUAUAGGGGCAAAGAGGACUCUGGAAAAGUGAUCCUAACAAAGUGAUAACAGCAGUUAGAGGAGUUCACAUUUUGAUAUCUGAAGAAAUUCAUUUUGAAACCUCUUGGAGAGGCUGAAAGAACAUUGCCAAUGCACUUGCAUCAGGAGAGCUCGAUCAUUUUUUUCUUUCUAAACCACAUUUGAAUUAUAUAUAUUUGUUUGGAGGGAACUGGGGCAAUGCAUAUUGAAGAAUUAAUGCAGAAAUCUAAUUGUUUUGCUUUGUGUGGAAACUUGAUUAUCCGGCUUUCAAUCAACUGAGAAAUAAUUAUCAAUUAUCUUCAAUGUAGAAAUCACUUUAUUGUAUUUUUUUAAAUCCUUUUAAGCCUUUUUUAAGAUAAGUUUUAUAACAGUGAUUUUUAUUGUCAUCUUCAGCUGAUAAGAAAACAAGAUCUAAAUACUAUUAGAUAUUUUCUCUUUGAGAAUAAAGCUCCCCUUUAGCUUUGUGGUCUAAAGCCAUUAUGAAAAUAUUUCGUCAGACAUAAAAGAAAUCUCAUCCAAAUAACAUUUUUUAUGAAUCAAUCAACUAUUUAUUGAAUUAUUCAUGAAGUUUUUGUAAUUGUAGAAAAAAAUUCCUGCCAUUUGUAGUUAAUUAUCUCUUAAAGAAUAUCGUAUGGCUUUUCAUCCUAAUUAGAUUUUAUCAGGCAAUAUCCUAACUCGCACAUGACUUUAAAAAAAAAAUAUUAUUUUUCAACAACGUUUAGUAUAAGUUGUUAAUUACUUAUUGCAUCUUAAUUAUUCAGGAAAAUACUUAUCAAUACAAGCCGGAUAAUUAAGCUUUACUGUAUAUUUAACUAGAUUUCUUGCACCUAGCUGAUAUUUAUCAUGUGAAAAUUAUUGUAUUCAAUAACAUAAUUGAAUAAUUUUGCUAAAUUUAUUGUAAUAUUUUUUGUUUGAUUAGUUAUAACAUAUUUAGUAAUUAUUUUUUUUUAACAUUAUUGAUGCACUCUUUAUCUAAAUCAAGUCACUUUCCAUUGAUACUAUUUAUGUAUUAACUAGUCAAAUAAAAAUAAUCUUGAACUCCUAAAUUCAACAUUUUACAGUUUGUCAUAUUUAUUUUAUAGGCAUAUUUUUUUACCUGUAAAUGAUUAAUAUAUUCCUUGAUGAGCAAAUGAAUUUAGUGUAUAAAUGGUAAAUUUGAUUUGCAUGAUAAAUUAAGUUUUGGUAUUGUAUUUAAAAGCAUAUGGAUAAUAAACCAUUAUAAAAUAA